CUCACAACCCCCGCGAAUCAGACAGCUCCAGAACUCCUAACAGCAGAUAAAUGCAAUGAAUUUGCUUGUUAUUUUAGUGAAAAAAUACAAUCCAUCAGGUUAAAUAUUAGCACAAAUCAGCAAAAUGAUAAAUUGAUACUACCUCUGAAGCCACUCAGGAAAAACUCUAUUACCAUGUUAGAAUUUGAUACAAUUGACCAAAAAACUGUAGAGAAAACAUUUCAGCAGCUGAAACCAUCAACGAGCUGAGCUGUCUUGACUCAAUACCAUCUAACUUUUUCAAAGCUAUUGCGAAGUCUGCGCUAGCUGAUUUGCCCAAAUAAUCAAUUGCUCACUUCAGUCAGGUGAGUUUCCUAAAGCUGCCAUCAAGCCUCUACUAAAAAAUAGAGCGCUGGACGCUUCCAUGUUAGCAAGCUAUAGAACCAUCUCAAAUCUCCCUCUCACAGCCAAGAUUGUUGAGAAAGUUAUUUUUAAUCAACUCAGCAAUUUCUUGAACUUAAAUGGACUUUUUGACAAAUUUCAAUCAUGGUUCCGAACUCAUCACAAUACAGAAUCUGCUCUUAUCAAAGUGCUAAAUGAUAUAAACUUGAAUACUGACUCGGGAAAGGUGUCAGUUCUGGUUUUGUUGGAACUCAGUGCGGCUUUUGAUACGGUAGAUCAUAAUAUAAUGCUGAACAGGUUGGAAACGUGGGUAGGACUAAAUGAAACAGUCCUUAAAUGGUUCAGGUCCGACCUGGAGGAAAGGAGUUAUUUUGUAACCAUUGGAAUUGUUCAGUCUCAUCGAAUGGCAAUGACCUAUGGGGUCCCUCAAGGGUCAGUUCUUGGACCCCUCCUGUUAAGCCUGUAUAUGCUAUCCUUGCGUGAAAUUCUUCAGAACUUUAAUUUUGACUAUCAUAGCUAUGCAGAUGACACACAGUUAUAAUCUAGCAGUGUCUCCAGAUGACUACAGUUCAAUUGAGGUUUUGUGUCACUGUCUAAAACAGAUAAAUAUGUGGAUGAGCCAAAAUUUUCUUCAAUUAAAUCAUAACAAAACUGAGGUAAUUGUUUUUGGCAAUAAAAAAAGAGAAUUGCUGUUAGUAAAUACCUGGAGUCACUCUCUUUAAAAACCAAAGACCAAGUCCGAAACCUUGGUGUUCUGAUAGAUUCCGACCUGACUUUCAAGAGUCAUAUCAAAUCAAUUACUAAAACUGCCUUUUACCGUCUGAAGAACAUAUCCAGGGUGAAGGCUUGCAUGUGUCAAGCAGACCAGGAGAAGCACAUCCAUGCUUUUAUCUCAAGUAGACUUGACUAUUGUAAUGGUCUUCUGACUAGACUCCCUAAAAAGAGCAUUAUACAGCUGCAGCUCAUUCAGAAUGCUGCAACUCGGGUUCUGACCAGAACAAAGAGCUCAGAGCAUAUUACUCCAAUUCUAAAGUCUUUACACUGGCUUCCAGUCAGCUUUAGAAUAGAUAAGGUUCUGCUACUGGUCUAUAAAUCACUAAACGGUUUAGGUCCUGAAUACAUGAAUGAAAUGCUAAUGGAAUAUAAACCCAGUAGGGCUCUGAGAUCGACAGACUCAGGUCAAAUAGUGGCGCACUGAGUCCAAAGCAAACGCGGUGAAGCAGCAUUUGUAUUAAACAUUAUGCUGCACACAAAUGGAAUAAGUUGCCAACAGAAGUAACAUCAGCCCCAAGUGUGCAUGUUUUUAAGUCCAGGUUAAAAAUUCUUCUUUUUUCCCAUGCUUUUUAGAACAUUUCCACUUUAAAAUUAUAUUUCUUGCACUGUAUGCUGUUUUGUAUUUUUAUUUAAUUUUUUUCCCUUUGUUUUAAAUGUUUGUAAGCUGUUUUUCUUUGUUUUUAAAUGCUUUUAAUAAUGUAAAGCACAUUGAGUUACCUUGUGUAUGAAAUGCGCUAUAUAAAUAAAUUUGCUUUGCUUUGCUUUAUGUGGAAUUUAUUUGUAUCCAUCCAUAAUGUUGUCAGGCCUUUACAAAAGCCCCUUUGUGUAUGUGCCUGGACAGAGCUGUUUCCAAAAGUUUGUUUAGCUCAGGCAGGCGUCUGUCAAUUGGUAGGCGGGGGUGACAGUGUAUGUGGCACAGAAUGUAGAGUGAGACUGGCUGUGGCUCUGAAUGGACUUCAGUGUGUGUAACGGCCUCUGUGCAGUUGACAAAAUGGUCUCUGCUGUUGCAGCAAGCUUUCUCUUCUCCCUCAUCAUGGUCAAUCUAAUCCCUACCACUCCUAUUGUGGAGGAGAGACCUCUCCAGGCUGCAGAUGGAGCUGUUCGGCUGGCUCAGGGCAAGAGCAGAAAGCGAGUGUUCCCAGUACCUCACACCCAGAAACCCAACCCCAUAUCUGAAGCCUAUGGCUACUGCAACACCCCCAGUCACAAUGAACAAGCCUGGGAAGGUCACAGUCCAGCAGACUAUAAGCUGCUGUCUGUCCAGGUGAUGAUUCGCCAUGGAGACCGUUACCCACUGUACUCUAUACCCAAGACCAAACGGCCAGCCAUCAACUGCACACUGUCCAUUAGCAGGAAUCCCUCACACCCUCUGCUUGGAUCCUUCAUAAAUCACAUGGGCCAGGGAGGCCGUGGGCAUUGGGAGUUCCCUUUGGCCUCUGUCCCUCGCCUGCCCAAUCACAAUACUUGUGAAAUGGGAGAGCUCACACAAACUGGUGUGGUGCAGCACCUACGUAAUGGGAAACUCCUCCGCCAAGCCUACCAGCCCCACAGUCUUUUCCCCUCCGACUGGUCACCUCGACAGGUAUGGGUGGAGACCACAGGGAAGAGCCGCACACUUCAGAGCGGACUGGCUUUUCUCUAUGGCUUCCUCCCAGAAUUUGAUUGGAAGAAGCUGACUGUACGUCACCAGUGGAGUACAUUGUUCUGUGGCUCUUCCUGUGAUUGCCCAGCCAGGAACCGAUACCUAGAGGAGGAGCAGAGGAGGCAGUAUCGUCUCAGAGUGGGGGAUGCAGAACUAGAAAGAACUUACGCUGACAUGGCACGCACGUUAGGUAUUCCAACACGCAACCUACGGGCCGCGAACCCAAUAGACUCUCUGCUGUGCCACUUGUGCCACGGCCUUUCUUUCCCAUGCAUGUCCAGGGAAGAUGGUACCACAGGCGGGUGUCUAAAAAUGGCACAGUUUGCUGUGAUCCGUCGCCAACAGCUAGAUGACGAAAUGGAUCGGAGAAGAGAGGGACUGUUCCGUAAAUAUGCAAUCCUGGCAAUGUACCCCUACCUCAACCGAACCGUCGCCAAAAUGGAACGAGUAGCCAAGGCCUCCGCAGGCAGCCGUUCGCCAAGAGCAGGAGGCGAAGAAGUGUUCACACUCUCCUCAGCUCAUGAUGUAACCAUGGCGCCUUUGCUGAGUGCCCUGGGACUAGAGGAGGCCAGGUUCCCACCUUUUGCAGCAAGACUGGUAUUUGAAUUGUGGAAAAGCCCCUCAGUGACUCAGGGACAGCAGGAGCAGAAGGCUGGCAAAGGUGAGAGGUCAAAAGCAAGAGAUGGAGGAUGUUUUAUCAGGGUAUUGUACAAUGGAGAGGAUGUAACAUAUCACACCACUUUCUGUAGUUCCCUUGACCUCCACGCCAGUCAGCCGCUCUGCCCCCUGAAGAAGUUCCUUUCUUUUGUCAGAAGAGACAUGUUCAAUGUUGUCAAUGCUACUUCCUACCAGGAGGCCUGUUAUAGUCAUACUGGUUAACAUGAAUGAGAUGGUGGUUAUACAAUAUACUUUUUUUGGUUUGUGGUUUUGUUCUUUCACUUGUAAGGGUAUAGCAAUGUUUACUGGUGGUGUGGUUUUGCACAGUUAUAAUUCCACUUAUUUAAAAAAAAGUUAACAUUCCAUAGGACAAACCAAGUGGUAAGCACGCAUCUACCACUACAGUUGAUCAAAUCAUUGUAAAACGUUUUAAUGUUGUUCUUGUUUAUUAAAUUGAACCGGCAACUAUACACAUUUUUGGCUAUGGCAUUGUUAGGAAGCUGCAGUUCUCAUAGGAAGAGUGAGGCCGGGUUCCUUUGUUACUUGAGCAAUAAAAAUCCUCAGAAUUCUGUCACAAACACAGUAUUUGGAAAAGAGGUAGAGUUUCAAGGAAAUGGACAUAGCACUAAGACACUUUAUUCUUACAUUGCAGACAUGGAAUCACAUAGGAAAUUGUAAUUUUAAAACAUUUCUAAAUGCUUGAAAAGGGAAUAUUAAAUAUGGAUAUUGUACGCUGCAUUAAACAUUCCUGGAAUUUA